AGUGCAUUCCGACUCACAAUCCCUCCCCUCUGGAAGCCGGACCGGCCCCUCCUGUCCGGUUGCUAGCAGCGUCCGGAGGAGACCAGCAGCAGAAAGCCGACCUGAGUGCGAUAUGAACGGUUCUCAGAUCACGGAGCUCCCUGACGACUCAGAGCAGCUGAGGCCGCAUGUGGUGAGCCUGAGGCGGGCAGCCCUGCAGGCCUACGAUCUGCCCGCUGUGGGAACGUUCUCCGACGGCUUCCUCAUCAGAUUUCUCCGCGCCAGAGACUUCGACCUGACGCUCUCUCUGAAGCUCUUGCUGAACUACCUGCACUGGAGGAGGGAGAGUCCUGAGAUCAGCACAUGCUUGUCUCCUUCAUCUGUCUUUGGUCUCCUCAAGACAUCAUACCAUGCUGUUCUCCCACAGCGGGACCACGCUGGCAGCAGGGUGCUCAUCUACAGGAUUGGGCAAUGGAACCCAAAAGAUUGGUCAGCCUUCCAGGUGUUCAGGGUCAGCCUGAUGACAUCAGAAAUCAUCUCCAGGGAGACAGAGACACAGAGGCGAGGUUUAAAGGUGAUAUUUGACCUGAAGGGGUGGAGUUUGGGCCAUGCCCUGCAGAUUAACCCUUCCCUCGCCAGAAAGAUAUCCUCUGUGCUUUCGGACUCUUUUCCACUAAAAGUGAGAGGAAUUCAUUUGGUUAAUGAGCCGAUAUUCUUCCGUCCAGUCUUCACUAUGAUCCGUCCCUUUCUACCAGAUAAGAUCAAGCAGAGGGUUCAUAUGCAUGGUACAGACUUUCACCGUACUUUAAGUGACCUCUUCUCACCAGAUGUUCUCCCUCCAGAGUAUGGAGGAGAGGGUUUGGGAAUAGAAGAAGUCUGUCAGGCUUGGACCCAGGAACUGUUUCAAUCUGAGAACCUCUUGAAACAGAUUGCUUCCCACCCAACAGGAGACCUUUCCACAAAUACUGGAGACACUUUGAUCUCAGAGGAAAAUGAGACAAUGACACUCACCGAAGGCUGAUGGAUGAGUUGUUGGCUGGGUGACAUCAUGACUAAAGUCAGAGCUGCUUUAUACCUUUCAGGACCAAAUCAUCUGAGUGAUGGUGUGUUGUUAGUGAAGUUUACUUUUGAAUUAACAGUCUUUCUUGUUACAUUUUUAGUUCAAAUUCUGAUCAAGAGGAUGAAGUUGCAACAAAAUUACUCAGAUAAACAUCAACCAGAAGAUGUUGAUGUCAGGAUUAUGUCUGAACAGGCUGGGAUUAAUCUGAGGUCCAGAAAGUAAAGCUAUUAUUUCUGAUUCUCAUUUGAUGCACUAAUAAAGUAUUUAGGUUUUGACACCUGGUUGGCUUUGAACCAGACAGUUAUGGAAGCUUCAAAUGCUGAACACUGUUCAGUCUGUCAUACCUGGAGGGAGCUUGGUAGUGGUAUAGUGUCUGCCUCAAUCUUCAAUGUUAAUAACAAUUGAUUUCUAUCCAAGUCACUUUCUAAUGCAAAUGUGACAUGUUAAAAGAAAUAUUGUGUUAAAAUGUUAAAAGAACAGAAUGUCAUUUUGUUCUUGAAAAUCUAGGGAAGAGAACAAAUUUCCCUGUUCUUGAAUAGCAUGUAUUGGCCCUGCUCUCAUAUGCUGUUAUAGCUUGAACUUCUAAAAAAAAAAAACUUCCUCAGAUGUUAACAGACAGAAUCUUUCCACCAAAUUUAAGUUUUUAACUGCCGUUUCAGUCCGAGCUACUAAUAUGAGUCUGUGAUAUGAAGGUGUGAGCUUUAAGCUUGGCACCCUGUUAUCUCAAUUUAAAACUUAUUUUCAAAUAAGAUUGGAAGUUGUUGUCCAGUUGUACAGCAGAGUUGGCUAACAAAGACUGUGUUUACUAGGAAGCCUCCAGCACUUUUAAAUUCUUUUUGUGGUAUAAGUGAUGAUGAUAAGUUUAAAAUGGAAAUAAGAAAAUAAGACACUUUAUUUAUAACUGUUGUGAGCCUGUUGUAACUGGGUAGCCAUCAGUCACUAAUAAUUAGUAAUAGUAUUAUUAGUAAAUAUUAGUAAUAAUUAUUAGCAGUAGCUGCUCAAAACAGAGACCCAGAUGCAAAAGGCCACUGUUCAUUUGUGGAAAAUGGACAAAUGGAAAAAAUCAGAAAAAAAUUACAAUAUUUACCAAUAAUAUUGCAAAGUCAAGAUUAUGUGUUUGUAUGAUUCAUCCCUAACAGUGACUCUUUAAAACACAAUUUGAGAUUAUGGAAUUCCCUAUUUUUCUGAAAACAUAAGACGGUGUGUUUCUAAGUUUUCUUAGACUUAGAACACCAUAGAAAUAGAAUAAAACUCUAGAAAAGUCUGGACUAUUAUUUCACACUAGUUACACAUUCUUCAAGUGAGGUUCCUGAUUUGUGAAAAUCUUACAAUAGUUGGGGGAAAAGGUUCUUUCUUUUUCCCUAGGAUGUAUGUUGUGUUUAUUUUGUUUGUUCUUGUGAACCCAAUAUCACAUAUUGUCUCAAGAGCUUGAUUUAUCAUCACACACUGAAUACUAAUACAAAAUGAAGGCAUUGAAAGAGUUAGGCAAAGCAGGUAAGACGCUGCCUGCUGAUAACGUCUCAAAAGAACCAAGUUCAUUCAUUCUGAUGUUGGUUCUACUGGCUGACAUCUUCCACAUUUUUUGGACCAAUCUCUAAAAACAGAGACCUGCUCAGUCCUUUGCUACAGCCAAGCUUUAAAGGCAGAAGUCAUAACAUUUUAACUUCUCCACUCAUAUAAUCAAACUUGUUAAACUCACAUUCCUACUGCUUGUAGAACAUCUUAAUAAUGUGUUCAUUUUAAUUCAAUCACAUUCCGUAUCUACAAUUUUUUACAACUUUUCCAAUAAACCUGACUGUCUCUAUUCUUCAUACUUAUGAAUAUAUUUUGGACUAAUAUCAGUAAUGUAGAAAUGACUAACAUAGAUGUUAAUGUAAUAAUGUGAGUGGGUUGUGUAAUAUGCAGUGUUUCUGUCACUGCUGCAACAGUUUCUGUGAAUACGUUGUAUUUUGAUUAUUAGUAUUGCUUUCAAGAAAUAAAAUGUAUUUAGAAUUAUUUUUAAAAUGCUAAAUUAUGAUUUCUGUUGAGAGUAAUUUAACCUAUAAAGUAUGAUUUAAAAAUGUCAGUAUGUCAUUUUUCACAUGCGAAACUCGCACAAAAACAAGUCUGCGCAAUAAUUGGAUUGCAGGUGAUAAUAAAAUGACCUGAAACAUUCAUAUGUCUGAUUAUUUGUGUUUUCUUGAAUGUAGUUAUGUUCAGUUUUACUUCAUAGAUUGAAGGUUUUAACCCAUCACUAAACAUAUGGUUUUAUAGUGGAUUCCAUAGAUACUUGUGGUUUCUUUGCUUGUCAGACAAUAUCAAAGCAACAUUGCACUAAUAGACAUUUAUAACUUUGUUUAGGUAAAUAAUAUAAUGUAGUGCAAUAAUCAAAUAUAACUUUUCUGACAUAGUUCUCACAAGUACCAAACAAACUAACAUUUCCUUCCUCCCUCUAUAAGAGCUGUCUCAGAUUCUUACCAGCGCUCAGGCUGCCCAUCAGCACUGACUUGAUGUGGUGCUUUUUUAUAAAGUUAUAAUUAAAAGGUUUGUGCUUCAUAAAACCCCGGCUUAAAUGUUACCAACAUGAAAAAUAAAGUCUGUUUAUAUAUAUUUUAAAUAUGUAGAUAUUUACCUUCAUUUAUUUUGAAAGGGGAAACCAAAACCAGAACUUAGUUUUCCCUCCAUCUGACACUACAUAAGAUGAGUGCUAAUACCAAAACAAAACCUUUUUCACAUGUAAAUAUAGGUCUAUUCACAAACUGUAGGUUGAAGUUUCAACUUCAAGUAGAACAACAGUCCUAAACAUACAGAAAGAGCAACAAUUAAAUGAUUUAGGUCAUUCCAUAUUAUUUUUUAAGGAUGGACUAGUCAAAGUAUAGAUAUAAAUCUACAUGAGAAUCUGUGGCAAGGCUUGAAUACUGACAGUCUGACUGAGUUUCUCCUACUUUGUUAAGAAAAAAACACCAGUCUCCAGAAAUUCUGAGACUCUGAGAAAUUCAAAGCUGGUGAUGUAGCUACAUACCCAAAAACAACUUCCAGCUGAAAUCAAAUUAAACCAAAUUACAUAAAUAACCCAAAGAAAAUUUAAAUGUUGUAACUCAAACUACUCAAAUUGUGUCUAACAGUCAUUGCUGAUAGUGGCAACUGUGUGCAGGUAGGAUAAUGGCUUGUACAGCUUUUAUUGUCUUACUGUAUUGCAUAUCUGUGUUUUCUUUCCUGCACUAAUAGCCUGUAUUGUAAACAACUUACAACACAUGCACGUUAUGUAGAUUUAAAAAGUCAUUGUCCUCAGUUGCAGAUCUCCUUUAUUGUGAGUACAGCACUUUUAUUUCUGACAACUGGACAGUAAUUUUUGUCAUAAUCUUGUAGAGAAUUUUGUGAUUGUUGUUAUUAAUCUGGUUUUUCAUAUUUUUAAUACUUUUUGGUCUUUUGUGUGAACUUAGGUCUCAUGAUGCUGCUGCUACAAUCAUUUUCACAAAGUUCUGAGAUCCAUAACACUACAAUUGAAAGCUGUACUUUUUAAUGUUCUAUGAAUGUAUUUGUUAUUUUCUCUGAAUUGCAUGUUUUCAAAAAGUGAUUUGAAUGCAUUCUGAUAUGUUCUGGCACAUCCUGUGAGUUGAUAGGCUGUAUCAAACAGGACAACAUGGCGUCUGUCAGUUGAUAAUAAAAUGUGUGCUGAAGCCGG